CAACUGUCAGCUAAGGUGUGAAAUCUUCACACGCCUAGUUGAACAAGUUUUUCCUUUCAAGUUUGUGUAAGAGAUAAUAAAAUGUCAAACGUCUUAAAUACCAUACUGGCCGUUGACAAGGAUCAGGAGCUGUUGCAAAGCUUCAUACGCACGGGCGUUAAUGUGGACGAAGAAUCGCUGGACGAAUCUAAGUCAAACAAAAAGAAGGGUCGUGGAGCUCGUACCUCCCGUAAGCCGCCUAUAUGGGAGCGGCGUGAGUCGUACGUCGAGGGCAAACCUUCCGAGAAACAAGGACGUGAUCGCGGAAGCAAGUUCGCAGAUGAGGGUGAACCAGGCAGCACAAAGCGUGGAAAUCGCAUUGAGGCCGAGCUGCGUGCAGCACGCAAAAGAAUCGAAGAUCAAAUCCUGAAGAAGAAGAAGCCCAAGGAGAAUUUUGUGGACUUCUAUACGGACAAGGAUCGUGCGGCGGCCGUCAGUGCGGGCGCUUUCGAUAUUAAACAAAGCUUACAAAUCAAGCAGAAGCAGGAUCGUAAUGAAGCUUUGCUUAUUCCAGAUGAGGCGGACAUUAGUUCGAUUAUAGCACUGGGCCUAAAAGAGAUUAAAAACGCAAAUCCCGAAAAUGCUAUACAAUUUUUUUGCAAGGCCCUUGAACUCAACAGCACGGAUAUUAAUGCUUUGAUUUCGCGUAGCAAGUGUUAUUUACUUUUGGGCGAGUCCUCAAAAGCCCUACAGGAUGCUGAAACCGCUCUAGCCGAGGAUAAAAAUAACAUUCGCGCCAUAUAUCAGAAGGCCGAGUCGCUCUAUUAUCUCGGACAAUUCGAGCAGAGUCUCAUGUUCUUCCAUCGAGGUCUGCGGGCACGUCCCGAAUUAGCUUCGCUACGCCUUGGAGUCCAAAAGACACAGGAAGCUAUUGAAAAUACCAUAGGCGCGAAGACCCGGGGAACCGUUGCACCGUCUAAGCCCAAAAAGCCGAUGGAUAAUGUGAACAGCGCAAGGCCCCAGGUACGCACCCGAGCUAACAAAGCCGAUCUGGAGCGUCGCAAUGCGCGCAAGUUACUGGGAGAGCUCUGCGUGGACAAGGAAUAUUUAGAAAAGCUAUUACAGCACCCAAACCUAGUGCGUGCUGAUACCAAUACAGAAAACAUAUCAACCUUUGCCAAGGAGGCGGUGGAGUUCUUAAACAAACGUCAAGAGUUCUGGCGCCAGCAACGACCCUGCACCGCACUGCCCAAUCACAAAAAGCUGCCGAACGAUGUGCUACCUAAGUGGUUUUAGACCCCCUGCGUCGAGUUCCGGUAAAAGGAUAAAUAUCUUCACCGUAUGUUUCUCUUUCUCCUUAUAUAGAUGUGCUUCUCGAGGGAUCAAAAGCACACAGUGCUUUAUAAAGGACUAUGUAUUA